AGUUCGGCUUUAAGGGGGAGUCUCCAGUCUUCCUCACCAAUCUUUAGGAUCUCAGCUGGAGGAAUACCAGAGGAUCCUUCCCCUUUCCCUACUCCUUCUCCCUCCAGCCUCCCGAGCCAGCCCCUGAGCAGAUCCAAGACGGGCAGAGCAGUUGCAAGGUGGUGCGAGGGAGAUGCGGCCCCGAGGAGGGGGCUCGGCCGAGGGUCUCCUGAGGGGCUGAGGGAGAGGUCCGGAUGGCAGCGGCGGCGGCGAGCGGCGCACAGAGAGUUGGAAACAACAUGAACACUUCGGUGCUCGCCCCCUUGGGAAAUAUUUCCAGUCACCUGAAUUUUUCGGAGAGGAACUCGCAGAUCUUGCAGUUUGAGGACGAGGAUUGCCAUGUGCCUUUGGCCAUGGUCUUCACUCUGGCCUUGGCUUACGGGACCGUGAUAAUUCUGGGAGUCUCUGGGAAUCUGGCCUUGAUUGUCAUUAUUUUAAAACAAAAGGAGAUGCGCAACGUUACCAACAUCCUCAUUGUCAACCUGUCCUUUUCUGAUCUUCUCGUAACCAUCAUGUGUCUUCCCUUUACCUUUGUGUACACCUUAAUGGACCACUGGAUUUUUGGGGAGGCCAUGUGCAAAUUGAAUCCUUUUGUGCAAUGUGCCUCAAUCACUGUCUCGGUCUUUUCUUUAGUCCUCAUUGCUAUCGAACGCCAUCAGCUGAUCAUCAAUCCCCGUGGCUGGAGGCCGAACAACAGACAUGCCUACAUGGGGAUAGCUGCCAUAUGGAUUUUAGCUACAGCUUCCUCUUUGCCUUUCCUGAUCUACCAUGUGUUAACGGAUGAACCCUUCAGAAACAUAACAUUUGAUGAAUAUAAGGACAAAUAUGUGUGUUUGGACCUAUUUCCUUUGGACACUGCCAGGCUUUCUUAUACCACGACGCUUUUGGUGAUUCAGUACUUUGGACCACUUUGUUUUAUAUUUAUUUGCUACUUAAAGAUAUACAUACGAUUAAAAAAAAGGAACAACAUGAUGGACAAGAUGAGAGACAGUAAGUACAGAUCCUCUGAAACCAAAAGGAUCAACAUCAUGCUGAUCUCAAUAGUGGUCGCAUUUGCAGUUUGCUGGCUGCCUCUCACCAUCUUCAAUAUCGUGUUUGAUUGGAACCACGAAAUUCUGCCUGUUGCUACCUGCAGCCACAACCUGUUGUUCCUGAUUUGCCACCUCACUGCCAUGAUCUCCACCUGUGUGAACCCCAUCUUCUACGGAUUUCUCAAUAAGAACUUCCAAAGGGACCUGCAGUUUUUAUUUCAUUUUUGUCAUUUCCGCUCCCGUGAGGAAGAUUAUGAGACUAUAGCCAUGUCCACCAUGCACACGGAUGUUUCAAAAACCUCUUUAAAGCAGUCAAGUCCAGUCGCCUUCAAAAAAAUAAAUAGCGAUGAUGAUGACAAAAUAUAAAGAAGUAAUAAAAAUUCUACACCAAACUGCUGGGAGUGUGAUCGCAGUGUCCAAGGACAAGCACAAUUACAUAACAAGUACAAAAUGGGUAAUGUUUUUCUUUUUUUACCAAGGAACUUUGAUUGUUGUCACUUUGAAAUUAUACACUGUGCAUUUUUGCCCCUUUUCUGCUUUAAUGUUUGCAGCAGCUAUAUCUGAAUCUUAUUAUAAAACAUAGUCGGACCUGCUACUACCUAUGGUUUUCAUCAGCUGUCUUUUGUUCUGUUUUCUUUGUACAGUUAUGUGCUUUAGCACAAAGAUAUAUUUAUUGAUUUUUUUCAAAGAAGGAGUUUUCAGUAGUGUCCAUUUAAGACCAUUAGAAACAAUAUGAACCACAGGGAGGCUGUCACUACGGAGGACACCCAUCCCAGAAUAAAAUCAGGACAUUCUGAUUUGAAGAGUUCUUCUUCCUCUUCUUCUUUUUAAUCCAUCUUUUGAUUGGUUAAAAUCCUGUGAAAUCAGUGUAGGCUGCAGAAAAUGAUUCCGUGAAACCUGUAGGAUAUGUUAAAUGGGGACAUGCAUUUGUCUCGUUCACAGAGGCAAUUCAGGCUGUAAUCACUUAGGUUCAAAGGCAGGAUUAAGAGAGAAAUUCUGUUCUCAUUUAUGAGAAUAAAACCCUACAGUAAUUCCACAGAGCACAAUGGGAUAACUGAUGUUUCACCACAGCAAAUGAAAGCCCAAAUGGGCCUUCAGUCCCAACUGAUUAUAGCUGAUUUUAAUAAUACAGACUUUAAAUUUAAAAAACCCAAACACCAUUUUCAUCUACCGUCACUGACAGGAGUUGGUGUUGCUGGGAUCAAAUCUACUGUCCAUCCCAAGCCUAUGAACCUUGUAAAUUCUUUUUGAGACCUGUGUCCAGAAUCUAAAGGGAGAUGGGAUUGUUCACUGUCUGUGCAUGCCUUGGAGAUGACAGUGAAAAUCAUGUCUGGUAUUAAAAAAAUAAGCUUCAGCUACCUGAGUCUUUUCAUAAUAAUUAGUGAUGAUCUAUAUAAAUUAUGUAUAGCCUCAUACUAUUCUGUGUUCAGAUGCAAUUAUAUAAACUUGGAUUAUCUCCAAGACAAUGGAUGGUUUAAUCAAGAUGUGAAAAAAUAUAAAAGGAGUAUAUGGAUAUAGUUUGGGUGUAAUUGGUAUGUUUAGCUUCCAAACUCACAGUUUCCACAGUUGGUUGAAGUUUGGAAAUAUUUGCCAAAUAUACACAAUAGAGCUCUGUGUGUUAUUGCUUAAAAUAUAUAUCCUCUAAUUACACAAAAUAUACAUGACUAUAUCCCCAGCUGAGGGAAACCUGCAUAACUUGACAGCUGUAAAUGAAACUACAACAAUAUCAGCCAGCUGAGGUUCUGUGUCAUAUACCGUACUUUGCUGUAUAAUCAAUGCCUUUUUGAAUAAUCAGCUCUUUAAAAUACAAUAUAGACCCUACUUUCUUUCAGCAAGGUCAAUUUAAACCAUUCUGGCAGAGAUAAAGGGUCUUUAAAAUGGAUAUAAAUGUAAAUGUAGCAUAAAUGGAAAUCUCACCUGAUAUCUUUCUGAGCAAAAAGAUCUCAGGAUGUGAUGAUGAAUUUAACAUGUUCUAAAAUCGACAUGGAUAAAUGCCUAAGAAAUGAAAAUUAUUGGGUUUGCCAGUAUUUAAAAGUAAAAAACCUGUGCCUUGUGCUGUCUUAUAAUUAGUGUAGAAUAUUAAAGUAGCAAUGUGUUCUUGUGCAUUAUAAUUCCAUUUAUUUCUCUACUGGCAGAUAAUUUAAUUAAAAAGGAGGUUUCUGUGGUUGAGAACAAAGAGGGAAUGUAGAAAAUGAAUUAGAAGACAGAACUUUCUUUCAGAGCUUGGCCCUUUUGUAUUUUAUGAGAUUCCCCUUUUCUUUGUGGUUCUCUGUGGAGUGUGUUGUUAAUAACUUGACAAGGGUCUCCUGAAAUUAUUCCCCUGUCACUUUCCAGUAAUUUUUAUAUGCUAAGGGGUGUGCAUUUUCCCAAAGAGAUACAGUGUAGAAACCCAGACAUGCUUUCCUAUUAGGAAUGUCACAGUGUGUUUUUCACAGUAGAAAGGAAAUCACAGUGAAUCUUAUGUUUUUUCCCAUUUCUGAAAAAAUCAUUUUCUUCCAAUUCAGUGGAAGAAGAAAACAAAAUUAUUUGAGACAGUUUCCAGUUUGCUGGAAAUUUUUGAUCAGGCUGAAUUAGAUGUUUAUACAGAAUAGGUAUUAGAGCAACUUUAGAGGAACCUGCUGAAGCACAGAGACCUAAAGCUGGUGAGUCCUAAGAUUCAGAGGUCCCCAGUGGGAUAGCAACAUAAUUGCUCCUGUGUCCACCUUUCUUUUGCUUGAGGUACAGUCUCAAAUCAUACAGCCCAUCUGAUACUGUCUCAUACUGUCUCCUGAGAAUAUGCCAGGUGUUUUUUGCCUGCCAACGCCUGAUACACAAGUUGAAGUAGGAGCAUUCCUUUGACUCCUCUGUGUUAAGCUCAGGAGCCACUUUUCUGCUGCACUGCUGUCCUAGGAUCAGGCUUCUCUUACAUGUUUCCUCACUGCCCUGCAAGAAGCCUUUCUGAGCCUCUGCUAAGGAUGCAGGCUAGCACAUCGUCAUGUGAAUAGCACAGGGAAUGCUUCCUGAAAUGACAGUGGAAAUGAACACAGUGUAAAGAGUGUUCAGCAGGAAAAUGCAUUUGGAGAAUUUCAGAAGCAAAAUCAUUGCGCUUCGGAAGAGUUUGCUAUGAGGACAAAGAUAAAAGUAGUCUCUCUGAGGUGCUGACCUGACAUCUGCAGGGCGUAGAUGACAUCUACUGAGAGCAGUAUUUUUGUCUUUGGUUUCAUGACUUGACACUGGAGUCCUCAAAAGCCACUGGAGGCUUUCACUUCCUGACACCUGGCUACAACACUAAUCCUCUUUUUCACUUUCAGAGCUCCAGCAUGGUUUCCCAUCCCCUAUAUGCUAAGUUUCUUCACAGGAUAAGUUGUUGGGUUUCAUUUUUCUCUGUCAUUUCUCUGUCAUUCUGGUUUGAUAUUUGUUCUUCCUGUGUGCUGUUUUGUCAAACUCCCCACACUUCAGCCCAUACUGAUUCCUAUCUCAGAAGCCUGCAGAUCCCUCUUUCAGACUGGCAGAAAAAGUUUUACUGACAGAAAAACAGAACAUUGAGGGAUCUAUAAUGUAUAUUACUAUUUAUGUGCAAUACAUUUCAUGUCAAAUCUACAGCCUUAUAUGACAAAUGUAACUAUUUAAUAAACAUUAAUAUCUGCUCCAUUUGUCAGUUAUUUUAUCAUCUUAAAACUUCACUUUUAUCCACCACAGACUUUUAAAGCUUCUGCAUAAUCUAAAUACACCAGCAUAUUUGUAUGUCAUCUUAAUAAACACUUCUGUAUUCCCAUAUGGCUUUUUGCAACAUAUUUCUUAGUUGUGUCAUUGUCCCUAUGUAUUAGUAAUCCACAACUUUCAUAUCUUCAUAAAAAAGGAUAACAAUGAAGGAGUCAAUUAAUUGACAUUAAUAUCUGGUUUUGGCAGGUUAGGAAAAAGCUGGAUAUUUAAAAAAUAAAUAUCAAUCCUGUUUUUUCCACCAUGUAAGUAAAUCAGAUUUAAAACAGGAAAAGGAACUAACAUGGCUGGACCCCCCAGGUUGCUUGAGCUGAUGCUGACUGCAUCUCAUCACUGAUGAAGGUGUGAAGAGCUAGAGGGUUCAUAUAUUCUGGUUCUGCUGUCUUGCAAUACAGUACCAGCUAUUAUUAAUGGAUCCUAAAAGCAAAAUUUGAUACUGAUUUACAUUCAGACUGUAAAUCAGCAUAUAUUUAAAUCCAGACCUCUUCAUCACAUUCUAUUUUGACCUCAGGAAAAUGUUCUUGAGAUCAAUGAAACUGAAGAAUUUGCUUAAAAUUAAUAAUUUGCCUAGGCACUCUACUGAAUAAAAGUGCAGCCCUGGCUGGCACCUCACACUCUUUCCUAAAAAUCAGAUUUUGGAUUUCAGCUUGUUAUAGAAAUGGCAUUUAGUUUUUCUCUGGAUUUUUCUCUGGAUUGUCUCUGGUUUCCAGUGCCUGACAAUGCUUUAGUUUAAGGCUUUGCUUCCUAAUUCCUUGGAUCAAAUAAUUUACCAAACUGGUGCAUAAGGAAUCCUUUUUUUUUUUUUUUUUUCUCUUAUUUUUAAAGCAUAUGUAACACAAGGAAACAUGAUCUUAAAUAACACUUCUGUCUCCCUCAGAUUAAAUUAAUUCAGCUGAGUAGAAAGAGUGGAGAAAUAAUAAUUAUAACCAAAUUAUAAGUUUUGUUGACAGCCAUUUCUCAGCUGAAGGAUAUAUACAACUCUGUGCUCUACCAUGUCCUUUUCAUUCCUGUGUUAUUUAAUAUACGGUAUCUGCCUCCCUGAGUCAUUACUAAAUACCCAAGUCAUUACUAAAGUCAAUGUGAAAGAAUAUUCUUUUCAUCUAUGUUUUGCAGAACUUAAAAUGUUUGUGGAUUACAUAUAAGAUGAAAAUAUAUAACUAGCUUUAGUCUCUUGAUUUUUUAAUUUACCUGUGGCCACAAAUAACUUCUAUUCAAUAUGUCUUCCCAUGCAAAAUAGUACUAGUGAAUUGCAGAAUCACAGAAUGGUAUGGGGUUGGAAGGGAC